UCUGGCUGUGUGUCUGUGCCAAUAUGGAUUUGUCACCUGUAGUGGUUUCAAUCUGCCUGGCCGUGCUUACGGUUUCAGAAGGAAAGGAAGUGUGUGUUGUCCCCAAGUGCUGCCCUCCAAACCAAACUAUACUACCAGAUGGUGGAGGGUGUUACAGUAGCAACCUUACCUUUGAGCCAGAGUUUUGGAAUGGGACGGACAGUCUUCCCCCAGCCAGCUCCAUGGAGCCUCUUAAUGUCAUCGUGGGAGACCCUUGUCAGUAUGGCAAGUUUAGACUUGAGCCAGAAGAAGACAGUAAUGAUGAAUUCCAUAUCUUGUGCAAUGGAUCUCUUCUCGUACCAUUCCAGUCAGAUCAACUGUACGGGUUGAACCACUACUGUUUGGAGGCUUUUCCCUCUCCUCCUCACCCCUCUACUGGAGGCAAUGGAGCUGUUACCCUUCCUCUGCUGUGUUUUCCCCCACCACCACCUCCUCCGACCGUCUUUGAGAAGAUUGCCCUGGCCGUCUACCCUGUAGGUUUGUUGAUCUCAGUUCCGUUCCUGAUCCUGACAACGGUGAUAUUUGCAGGAUUGCCAGAGCUAAGGGACACUCAAGGCAAGAGUCUGGCUUGUCAUUGUGGGAGUCUCACCGUUGCGUUUCUAGCUCUCGCGAUAGUCAAGUUGGCUGGAGACUGCCUCCCACAAAAAGCCUGUGUUACUUUUGCCUUUGUCAUCCAAUUUUCAUUCGUUGCAUGCUUUUUCUGGCUGAAUGUUCUCUGCAUUGACACUUGGUGGAGACUAACUCGCAAGCCGUGCUGGUCAUCACGUCAGGAGAGGGUGAGGUUCCUGUGGUACUCCUUGUAUGCCUGGAGCAUGCCUCUUAUGUUUGGGAUCGUCACCAUAGUUAUGGAGCUCACCCCAGUCGUGCCUAAUGCCUACCUCAAACCCAGUUUUGGGUUGCAGAGCUGCUGGUUUCAUAGCAAAGCAGCAGCACUGCCGUACUUCUAUGCUCCCAUUGGCUUGUUGCUGCUGGCCAACAUCGGGCUGUUCUGCCUAAGUAUCUCCGCUGUACGCUCGGCCGUAGAGCAACGUGUGGAGGAAGAGCUGGGACUCAACGCUGAGCGCAACCCUUGUAGCUACAGCAAGGCCAGCCGCAGGGUUGAAAUGUUUAAGCACUGUCUGAUCUUGUUUGUGGUGAUGGGUCUCAACUGGACUCUAGAACUUCUCUCCUACUUCAUCGGAGGUCCCAUAGAAGUGUGGUUAGUGACAGAUACUCUCAACACGUUACAAGGCGUCAUUAUCUACGUUGUGUUUGUGGUCAGUGUGCCGAGGGUCAAACACUUGGCUAGUAAUAGACUCAUGCCUGCAUGUGGACAGACUAAAAUGUGA